AUGGAAAGAAUGACAACGAAACUUCUAAUCCAGAGUGACCAUUUCAAACUGACCUCAACCCAGCAACGACGUCCGUCGAAGUUCAGACAGGACACAGCUGACGACUGCCAAGAUCCUGACCCGGCUGACGUCAUCGAUGACAUCACUGAAAAAAUUCGUCCUAUGGUCAAGAAGGCAAUAUCGUGUGAUAGCAUAUUGUCUGAUCUAGACGGCUCAACCACCGAGGCUGUGAGGUUGGGACAGAUCGAACUAUCAGUGCAUUAUAACAGACAAACAUCCGAACUGUCUCUGACAAUCAUUCAAGCACGUGACCUUGAACGUGAUGACGUCAGAUUAUUUAGUGCUGGUGGUGUAAGUGGUGGGGGUGGGGGAGUGAGUUUCGUGGGAGGUGCUAAUUGUGGUGUAGAUUCAUUUGUCCAGGUGUCCAUUAGCCCCAGGAACCAGGGAAAGUUUUGCACCAAAUUUUAUGGAGUUAUGUUUCUGAAAACAAUUUUAAAAACAACGCUCAUAAACUCAUCCAUCAAAUUACGAAACAAAAUAAUGUACGUUGAGCAGCAUGCAAUGGAACGCCGAUGGAUAAAAAUAUCAUGCACCACGUGCGACAAUACAAUCGACGUUAAAACGAUACUGUUGAAUUUUUAA